AUGGAUUGCACUCCAGCGCAGAAGGUUCGGUAUGGAACUCAUAUGCUGGUAAGCGAGCCUGAUGACUGGUGGUUAGAAAAGCAUCAGAGAUUGGAGGCUGCAGGUGGAGAGAUCACUUGGGUUGUGUUCCGUAUGGAGUUUUUGAGGAAGUGUUAUCCUGAAGAUGUUCGGGGUAAGAAAGAAAUUGAAUUCCUUUCGCUGAAACAGGGUAGUAUAUCUGUCACUGAAUAUGCUGCAAAGUUUGUUGAGCUGGCUAAGUUUUAUCCGCAUUUUGAUGGUGCUGGUGCUGAAUUUUUAAAGUGCAUCAAGUUCGAGAAUGGGUUGCGCUCUGAGAUCAAGAAAGCCAUUGGGUACCAGCAGAUCCGUGUCUUUUCUAUUUUGGUUGACAGCUGUAGAAUUUAUGAAGAGGAUAAUGAUGCUCAUUACAAAAUUGUUAAAGAGAAAAGAGGCAAGCAACAACAGAACCGUGGUAAACCGUAUGAUGCUCCAGCUGGUAGAGGUAGACAGAGAGCUACUCCGAGUCAGAGAACUAGUGGGGGAAAUGCUCCUACUGGUAUUGUUUGCUUCAAAUGUGGGCAAGCUGGUCACAAGAGUAAUGUUUGCAAUGAUGUUAAAAGGUGUUUCCGUUGUGGCAAGACUAGGCAUGCAAUAUCUGAUUGCAAGCACAAGGAGAUGAUCUGUUUUAAUUGUGGUGAAGAGGGACACAUUGGGAGUCAGUGUCAGAAACCAAAGAAGGCACAAUCUAGUGGAAAAGUGUUUGCUUUGGCCGGUGAUCUGUCAGGCAUUGAGGACAGACUUAUUAGAGGUACAUGUUUCAUAAAUAGUACUCCUUUAAUUACUAUUAUUGAUACUGGUGCUACUCACUAUUUUAUUGUUGCUGAUUGCGUUGAAAGAUUGGGUCUUGUGUUGUCUUCUAUGAAUGGGGAAAUGGUAGUUGAGGUUCCAGCUAAGGGAACAGUGACUACUUCCCUAGUAUGUUUGAGAUGUCCUUUGUCGAUCUUCGGAAGGGACUUUGUUGUUGACUUAGGUUGUCUGCCGUUAAGUGGGUUGGAUGUAAUAUUAGGUAUGCUCUGGUUAGAGUAUAACUAUGUUCAUAUUAACUAUUAUAACAAGUCUGUGAGGUUUUCAACCGCUGAAGAGGAAGAAGCUAGUUUAGUGUCGCCUAAGCAGUUGUGA